AUGGCUACCCCAAACGGGGACUUUGACGGCAAUGACUUUGCCAACAAUCUCUUCACUGAUCUGGCACCACUUCUUACAUUGUUUGGAGAUAUUGGUUGGGCCGACAGCGUGCUCCUGGCUAUGGGUCCACUUGGUAUUUUAAACAUCAUUGUCAGCGCUAUCCGCAUCGCUGGUGAUCAAGUACCGAUUUCGGACGCGUUAAUUGGAAAGUUGUAUACCUAA